CAGGGUCCAUCUGUGAUAUUCCUGACAGUACAAUUCCAGCCAACAUGGUCCUCAGCCACCCUUACCUCUCCUUUGAGCCGUUGAAAACAUAUGUCUCUGAACUGAACACGCAGCUGAAGGAGAAAAUAGAUUCAUUAUUUGAACAUCAAGAAGCCAAAAUAUCUGCAGCAGUGUCUGAAGUACAGGCUGUUGUUACCGAACCAGUGAUCAGGGAGGACUUCUUGCAGUAUAACGGUUACUUCACACUGGAUCCAAACACCGCAAACCGAUACCUCCAUCUGUCUGAGGGGAACAGGAGAGUGGAGAGGAGAGAUGAGGCCCUCCAGUCAUACCCAGAUCAUCCAGAGAGAUUCGACAGGUGGCCUCAGAUCCUGUGUAGAGAGGGUGUGUCUGGACGCUGCUACUGGGAAGUGGAGUGGAGUGCUGAGGAGUGGGUUAAUGUAUCAGUAUCGUAUAAAACUAUAAGCAGGAAAGGAACCCAAGGUGAUUGCUGUUUUGGAGAAAAUAAUCAGUCCUGGAGACUAGCUGUCAAGUCCAGAGAGACAUGGGUCGUCUUCAAUAAAAAAGGCACUAAACUCCCUCUAGUGGCCAGCUCCAGAAUAGGAGUGUAUGUGGACCACAGGGCAGGGACUCUGGCCUUCUACAGCAUUUCUGGCACCACAAUGACACUUCUGCACAAAGUCCAAACCACAUUCUCUCACAUACUCUACCCGGGGUUUAGGUUAGGAAUCAGAUCAUCAGUGAAGCUCUUGUGACUCACAUGCAUAUCGCACAUCUGGACUCUGGAUCCAUGUGUGUUAUUAUAUGCAGGUGACAUCUGCAGAUUAUAUGCAGGUGAUCAUAAUACAUUUUUUUUCUUGUAUGGACAACUUGGAUUUGCAUCAUUCAUAGAUAUAUUACAUGUUUACAAUGGUCUUUAAUUGACAACUUAAUUGAAUUCACGCGCACACACACACACACAG